AUGCGUUUAUCAUCAGGUGUUAUUCCAUUAAUUUUGGCUUCUUCAGCUGCGGCCAUUCCAUUUAGACCAGUCAACUACAAGAGAUAUGACAACUCUUCUGCUGUCUCGGUCACCCCAAGUGCUUCCAGUGGUUUUUCUGCUAUUGUUCUUGCAUCUUCCGGUGCUUCGUCCGAAGCUGAACAAGAUACCACUAUAACUUUUGACGAGUAUAUUACCAUCACUUUACCAGACACUACUUUAACCAUCCCAACUUCUGCUACCAAUGAAAUUAACGAAGUUGAAUCAUCAGCUGCUGCUGUUUCUGCUUCUGCUACUUCCAGCGAUGAUGACACCACCCUUACUUCCACUGUCAUUGAAUACCAAACUAUAUCUUCCGAUGGUUCUGAAACUGUCCAAGCAACCAACACUUACACCACCACUGUUGCUCCAUCUUCAUCUUCUGAAGCUUCUUCUUCCAACGACCAAGUCACCACCUCCACCAUCACCAAGCUCACUACCAUCACCCAAGGUUCUUCCACAUUUGUCGCUGCUGUUGAAACUGAUACUGAAACCCAAACUGGUGGUCAAUGUACCCCUGAAACUGUCACCGUCACUGUUACUAAGGGUGAAGGAAAGGCUGAUGCUUCUUCCACUCCUGAUGUCACCUCCACCGUUACUUUAACCUCAACUUUGACUACUUCUUACCCAGUUGAAGCCGUCUUCACUAACGGUGACGAUACCACCACCAUUACCAGCUAUGUCCAAGUUACUUCCACUCAAUUCUACACUACCGCUGCUGGUUCUUCUUCUUAUGCUAACUCAAGCAUCCCAGCCACUAGCUCGUCUUUCCAAACUGCCGGUAACAAUGGUACCUACUACUCAUCUGCUUUACCAAGUGCAACCUCUGGCUACGAACCAGUUGCUAACGCUAAGAGAGGUUUCCUUUUUAACUACUAA